AUUACCUACAUAUGCAUUGUAAAUUUGUUUUAAUCGAGAACGUAACACCAUGCGUCUAGUCACGUAUACGUAUUUGCGUAUAAUAUGACGUUCAACGCGACCUACUUUUGUAGUGCAUCGAAAUUUCUACAUGUAUUUUGAAUCUGAUUAUUUUUAUUUCCACGUAAUCUAUAUGUUAUUCUCAUGGGGCUGUUUGUUCAUCACACAAGCUGAUCAGAAGCUAAAUUGUCUCACAUCGUGGUAAAGCUGAUAAGUUGGACAUAGGCGUAGCAAAUAAACAAAACUAAAUAUUUCUUUUUAUUGAAUAUGAUCGAUACGUAUAAAAUUAAUUAUACUUUUUGUGCAAAUGUAAAAUUUUUAAAAUUUUGUUGUUUAUUUUUCUAAUUUAGUCUAUAUAUAUUUUUAUUUUAACAUUAUUAUGCCUUUAAUUGAGAGACAAAACAUGUGGAACGAAAUUUCUGUAGGAUAUGUAUGUGUUUAAAUAUAAAAUUAUAUUACCUCAUUUUUACAAUUAUUUUGUACGCGUUUAUGAAUAUUUUUGUUGAGAUACGCUUAUGAUUUUUAUCUGAGAAAAGAAGACGUGUAUAAGACCGCGUAUCAAGAAGAAACAUAAUCAAGGGGAGGGAAUAGGGCAUUCUAGCGCAUGCGCAAUAAAUAAAGAGGGGCUUUAUGACCGACCCAUUAGAAAGGGCCCAAUACAUACUUAGCUCAGUUUGUAUGGUUUCAGUUGUAUUAUUGAAGCUCGAACGGUUCAAAGUGAAUUUUAAAUUACUGUGUUUAUCUACAUUAAAGUUAGAUUAUAAAACAUAAUAUAUAUUUAAAACAAAAAUGGCAACUUUAUUACAACGGGGCCUGCGGUACGCAGCUUCAAAUAAACUGUUCGAGAAAGGUAUUAUUUCAGUUUUACGUUUUGAAGUAAUACCAGAGAAGAAAAACAUUGUGCAACCAGCACAUCAUAGAUUCAAGUACAACGGAAUCAUUGGGUGCAUGCACAGUAAGAGAGGCCUGCACUAUACGGGAACCUCGACGUUUAUAGACGAGCAACAAGAAAGCGAUAGCGAUUCGGACAACGAGCAAGAGAAAGGUCAAUCACAUUUUUGGAGAAGAAAAAUGCGAACUCUGCAUAGUCAUUUAGAUGUUAACAAAGAUGGUGUUAUUAGUUACGAUGACUUUAUGUUACUUGGCGACCGAUUUUGCGAUUUAGGACACUUAUCUCCAAAAGCCAAAGCUGAAUUUAAAAAUGUAUUGAACAAAAUGUGGAUGGAACAGUGGGGAGAGAUUAGUCCAUAUAAUCUCAUAUGUGUUGAAAAAUAUUUAGAAGAAAUGCAACAUGUUCUUAAUGACUCAUCGUUAAAAAAGAAGUGUCAUCAUUUCUUGCCAUAUUUAUUCAAAGCAGUGGACAAAGAUCAAAGUGGUGAAAUUUCUGUACAAGAAUUUAAAUUAUUUUUCCAGUGCUUAGGUCUCACACAUGAAGACGCAGUUGUUGCCUUCAGUCACAUUGAUAGUAAUGACGAUGGAAAAAUUAGUUUCGAAGAAUUUAUAACUUUAGGACGUGAAUUUUUCAUUUCAGAAGAUCCAACAAAGCCCAGUAAAUAUUUUUGGGGGCCGUUAGUUGAUUAAACUUCUUAUUGCAAUCCUGUGACUUGUGAUACUAAAAUAUCGUAUAUCAAUUAUAUUUACCAUAAUAUAUAUGGUUUGAACUUUAAUUAUAAGACAGAUAAUUUAUAGGUUUUAAACGUAAGUUUUCUACAAGUUACUGAAAGCACAAUGUACGUAUUUCUAGUUCCUUUUAAAUAUAAUUAAAGAAAAAAAAUGAUAAAAGAUAUAAAUAUAUAUCAAACAAACUUUCAAUAACAAUACAAGUAUUUUUAUGGUUAAGGAACUACUAUAAGACUUUUGUUAAAAAAUAUAACAAUUUAAUAAUAAAUACAAAUACUCACUUUUACAAACAUAUACACAUGUAAUAGUAAGAAAAUAGACUGUUAGUAAUUCAAU